AUGGUAAUGGUAACACCUCAAUACCUUAUUUUGGAAACGUUGAAUAACCAUACGGUUAGUUUUACUUAUGCACCUCCAAAUCUGAAUAUAGCUGAAGCUGUUGGCAAAUUAUCUAAUCCGUCAGAUGAAAAUGCACAGCUUGAAGACAGUUGGUGCUGGGAACCAGACAAUAUCAAGCUCGACACUCGUCACAGUUCGGAAACCUCAAGCGGCAAUGGCAACGAUUUGGUUAAUGUUACAUUGGAAGAUGUGUCAAUGGGUAAUGCCGCACAAACAGCGCAUGCAUUACAGUUGCGUUUGGAGAAAUCGGAAGCAGAAAAUAAAGAUUUGAACACUGCAUUAGAGGAACUAGAUGAACAACAUAACCUAGCUAUGCAAAAUGUACUUGAGUUAAAAAAUGAAUUGCAAGAAAAGCUAAACGUUGUAACUACGAAUUAUAACAUCCUUAAGGAAGAGCAAGCCGAUAAGUUUAUAUGUAGUGAGCUUGAGUUAGGAAAAUUGAGGAAAGAAAUUGAGAAACUUCAAGGCGAUAAUAAAACAUUAACAUUUGAAAGAACCGAUAUACAAAGAAAAAAUGAGGAUAUGGUGCAAAUGUUAAAGAUAAAUGAAGAAGAUAUGUUAGAUUUACAAACUUUAUUAGAAAAGAAAGGUCAGGAUAAUAUUGAAUUAAUAGAAAAAGUUAAAAUUGCCAAUAAAGAAACAGAAAAAUCUGAAGAUGAACGCACAGAAUUAUUGCAACGACUUGAACAGGUAUUGAAAGAAAUAGAAGAGUUGAAAACAAUAAAAGAAAAGAAAACCUCCGAAUCAUCCUCUAGCUCGAUGGGUAAGCAAAGCGAAGAUGAGUUUAUACUAGUUGGUAAAAGUGAUACAAAUUCCUCUGGUCCUACAACACCCCCAACAAAAGAGGAAUUGAAGGACAAAAUUGUGCAAUUGGAAAAUCGCGUAUCAGAACUAACGUUGGAAAAUGGUAGCUUAGCAUUGAAAUUAAGAGAUCAGGAAAUGCCAAACAAUUUACAAAGCCUACAAAGUUUAGAGGAGAAAUGCGAAGCACAAGCAGAAAAUAUAAAAAUGCUACUAGCAGAACAAUUAGAGGCACAGGAGAAAAUUGAUGAUCUUAAAGAGCGAGCAGCAGAGGCUGUUAUUGCACAAGAACAACUUAAAAUUUUAACAGAAGAAAAAACACUUCUUUCAACGGAAUUGAAAGAAAGUAAGGAGAGUAUAAGUUCAUUGCUUGAAUUAAAGCAACGUUUGAUUUUUUCCGAAGAAGAAAAGGAAGCAUUGCAGGUAGAAUUGCAAUCUCUACGUACAGCACAAAAACGUGUUACAGAAUUGGAGUGUAAAAUCCAACAAUUGACGCUUGAAAAUCAGAAAUUUAAAUUAAAUGCGGAAGCGGAAACAGAAACAUUGAAUAAUAGUGCGGAACUUGAAGACAGACUUAGGUGUUUAACGACGGAAAAUGAAAGUUUGCGCACAGAAUUGGAAAGUAUAGCACAAGAUAAAUUCCGUCAAGCGAUCGCAGAAGAAAAGCAAGAAAUUACAGAUCUGGAUGCAGAUGAGGAAGAGCCGUUUAAAUUAGAGAAAUUCCGUGAUGUACUUGAAGUGUAUGUAAAGCAAGAGACAGCUUUGAGCUCUGAGGAUUCUGUAGAUAGAGCUUUCAAAUCGUUACGAGAGAAGCUUUGGAAAAUUGAUGCUUUAGAAAAGAGUCUAGCACAAAUGUCUGAAGAUAUGAUUGAUCUACAAGAUGCAAAGUUAGUUUGGGAUCAUGAAAAGAAAACUUUAGAGGCAGAUAUUUCUCAAUACAUUUUACAGUGUGAUGAGUUAAUGAAAAACAAUGAAAUACUACUAAACGAAUUAGAAAAUUAUAAACGAAACAAGCUAGAGACUAUAUCGGAAAAUAACGAAGAAAAUAUUGUGCAAUUGGAAUCACAACUCGAGGAGUCUAUUAAACUUAAUACUACCUUAGAGAAGGAGUAUGUUGACUUGCGUGAUAAAAUCAGUGAAUUAGAGCAUGAGAAACUAGAAUUUGCUGAACAAAUAAAAACAAUGGAAAAAAUAGAGGAUGAACUUAAGCUGCAAAUCAAGGAUUUAGAAUUGGAAGUAGAAAAUUAUGAAUUGGAGAAAACAAAUUUAGUUUUUGAAAUGAACGAAUUAAAAGCUGAGGAUGAUAAGGAACAGAAGUCUGCACAACUACUAAAGCAAGUUGAGGAUAAAAACGAAAGUUUGGAAAAUCAGUUGAGUAGAUUAAGUAAAGAUCAUGCAGAUUUGCUUAUAAACUCAUAG